CUUACAAUCUACUACAAUACCCAGAAGCCCCCGUGCGGCUGCGUCCUACGUCAUCACGUUGCAGUUAUGGGCUCCUGGAUUUAAAAGUGGAGUCGCCAGGUUUUCUUUCAACUCCGACAUGAACUGGGACAAUCAGCUGAGCUCUAUCCUGUCAGUAGCAGAUGGCAGUGUUGCCAAAAUGAGGGAGAGACUGACCUCACCAGGGAAAUUCACCAAAGGAGGAGAAGAUUUGUUUACAGCGAGGGAGAGGAGUCAUGAUUCAGAUUUGGGCCCUCCUGCUCUUCCUCCUCGAGUGCCCCUCCUCCGACAGCUCUCCCCGUCUCUCAGUCCUGCUGUUCAGUGGGCAGACCUAGCUACUGUCCAGUCACAACUCCAGAUACAGAGCCAGGCAAUUGAGUCUCUCACCCAGAAACUCCAUGAUGUUGAAAGGGAGAGACAGUCUCAACAGUUUCACAUCCAGACGCUACAAGAGGAGGUUCAGCGGCUGCGUGAGGAGCUGAGGGAGAGGGCCGAGUCGAGGAGGGGACAAAGUCCAGGAGCAGAGAGGAGGAUGGAGCAGUGGAGGAGAGAGGUUGGACGUGAGCUGAGCAGCCUGCGGGGACACAUCAGCAGAGCCACGUCGCUAGGCAACCUGGAUGAGAGUUUCACCUCAAAGCUCCGCCGAGAGGAGCUGGAACACCUGCGGAGAGAGGUGGACCAACUGAAAACACAACUAAGGAGACAGGGGGAGGACAUGUUCCUCCAGCAGUCAGAGGCCAGAGAGACCAGGAGACAGUACGAACACAGCUGCAAGACGCUGGAGGAGCUGACAGACAGCUACGGAAGUCACAGCACUGAUCUGGCAAAGACGGUUUCUCAGUAUUCUCACACACAGCAAGAGGUCCGCCAGAUCAGAACAACUGUGUCAGAACUGCAGGAAGAGGUCAGGAGACUCAUUCUCAAAGAAUGCCAACCAUUACCUUUGUUGUCAGCGCACACAUCAGGGGCAUCACCGCUCCCUCUUCCUAGCAGCCCCAGUAGAGGGGUCAGAGUUGAAGAGGCGGACUCUGACUCAGAAGACUUCAGCCCGACCCCGAGCCUGGCUGAGGUCAGCUCAGAUGAUCUGUCAUGGCUGGAUGACAAAGACCCUGCUCUUCAUCAGAAGCCACGAGUACGUCUCAGCGUUCAGUCCAGACGGAGCGAUUUUGCUGGUCCGGGAUCAGAUCUGGAGGACGAUGAUGACAACGAUGAUGAAGGUGAUGAUCUCCUUGAUGAAGAGGUGAACCCAGACUUAGGAUCUGAUCUAAGUCUUGAUGACCUCUGACCUUUUUUAUAAGGUAAUUGAAGGACUCGGUAAGGAUUCAGCAACAUGAAGACAUUUUUUCUGGCUUCUCCAAUACACUACCUGAGAUGUAUUAUUUCUUUUAAAAUCAUCUGAUCAGUA